GAUGUCGUCAUUUCUUCUCAACUCAAGAAGUAACAAUACAAACAAGACAUACUUUUCAAGUUUCAACAGAUGGAGCGCAUUUAUCAAAGAACAUGGUUUUAAUAAUUUACCCGCUGCUCCUAUGCACGUCGCAUUGUACAUAACUAAUUUGAUAGACAAAAACUGUUCUCCUACCGUUAUUAAUAGUGCUAUUUAUUCUUUGAAAUGGGUACAUGAGCUGAAUGGUUUUGCUGACCCUACUGACAAUUCUUUCGUUAAAUCAUUACAAGAAUCAGCCAAGCGCUUAAAUGGAAAACCUGUUAACAAAAAGGAGCCUGUUAGUAUCGACAUUAUUAUUGAACUAUGUACAAAAUUCAAAGAUUCUAAUGAUUUAUUAAUUGUAAGAGAUUUAGCAAUGAUAGUGUUAAGUUUUUCAGGAUUUCUCCGUUUCGACGAGCUUAGUUCUUUAAAAUGUAAAGACGUAACUGUGUAUGAUGAAUUUUUGAAAUUAUUUAUUUCUCAUAGCAAAACGGACCAAGUUGAAGGCCAUUACUCUGUAGAGAAACGUGUUUAUGAGUAUGAUGGUUUAACAGGAGGAACAGUGAAUAGUGUGAUGGUGCUGACAGGGAAAGAUAUACAUCUGGAAAAUGUCUGA